CAUACACGUGGGAAUUUUUUAGCCUUUGGUUUAUCUCUCAAACAAUUUUUUGCGGUUUUUUCUUUCUUUUUCAUAAUUACUGUUUUUCCCCCAGAAUUACAACUCAAUUAACUACAGUAAAGAAAGUUAAUCAUGAGUAAGAAGUUUGGAAAAGUAAGAGGAAACAAGGGAUUGUGGCAACGACAAUGGUAGUGGUGGUUACCGAGUUGGGAGCAGCCAUUGGUCUCCUUCCAAGGUCAAAAGAAUUCAGGCCUGAAGUUUCGUAAGGCAACUUUAGUGGCAGCUUGGAAGUUGAAGAAAGAGUUUGAUAUUCAGUAUGAUAAAGGUGGCAGGCACGCCUUUCAAUUCUUCACUGAAGACGACAUGAAGAAGGUCAUGUAUAGAGGGCCUUGUAAUUUCGAUAAUGAUCUACUCAUACAGAUUAUAUGUCAACUGUCUCUUAUGCAUUGCUGGUGAGUGGUGAAUGCCCUCUAAUCAGAGUUCUUCCAUCCUAGUAGGGGUUUGCGGCAAUGCGACCUUCUUUCUCCUUACUUGUCUUUCUUGUGCUCCGAGGGCCCUCUCGGCUUUGAUGGAUUAGUAUGAGAAGGGAAUACGAGUUCAUGGAAUAAAAGUUUGGAUCGGGAGAAGAUGUCACAAUAUGGAGGGGAUAAAUAGAUGGCCCUCUCGGGAAUCUUCACAUCAAAUCUAAAUCUCUUGUAGCAAGACUCAUCACAACAAAAUAUCAUAUCAGAUGCUCUAUUUUGGAGGAUAAGAUUGGAUGGAGACCAAAUUACAUUUGAAGACGUCUCUAGAGCGUGUAUGACUUACUAAAUUUUGGAUGCAGAUGAAAGAUUGGAUCGGGAGAAGAUGUCACAAUAUGGAGGGGAUAAAUAGAUGGCAGGUUUUCAUAAUUACUAGGUUGUUUCUUUUUGCCCAUUCAUGGAGUGGGAUGCAAAGGUUUCAUGCCUUAUUGAUGAAGAGUCCAGGACAUGGAGGAAAGACCUUUUAGAGUUUAUUUUUACCCGUGAGGACAAUACGCUAUUCUUGUCAUUCAACUUUAGUUCUAGAUUGAGGAAGGUUCUAAGUGUUGGAUAGCAUGGCUGGUGAAUUGAUUCCAGAGGCCCUGUUUUGAAAAAAAAAUUGAGGCGAGAGUUUUUGUCUUUUUGCUCUCUCCUCUCUCCUGGCCUGGUGCGUCGUUUUCUUUCCUGUUGAUGACCGUUGGGAGUGUGCCUCCCUCGGUGGGGGCUGAUUUUAGCCUGAAACCGUCGGACGGAUCGCCGGCAACCACUCCCAGUCAACCCAGCAAGCGAGCGAGAGCUAGCAGUGGCGAGGGUUUCUUUGGCGAAGGCGAGAUGGACUUUGCAAUUGUUACAGCAAGAGCGAUGUAUAGUGACUUUGAAGAAGAGGGAAACUCGAAAGAGGUACUGCCGGGAGCCAAAGGUAUGGAGACAGAACAGGGAGGGGCCAAGGUCUCCUAUAAAGACUUUCUCCUUGGAAAUGGUCCAUCCGAAGAGAUACCCGAAGGAGAUGAGUUGAUGUCCGAUGAAUCUGAUGGAGAGGAUGUUGAAGAUGAUCCUGAUUGCCUCACAAUUUGGAUUAAGAAGAGUAUUGAUGCCCGUGUGCGCAAUCGAUGGAAGCGUGCUAUUACCUUCUGUGUCCUUGGAAGGAGCUUUCCCUUUGCUUUCAUCCACAGACGAACUCAGAAGAUGUGGGCAAGAAUAGGAGGAGUUAAGAUUGGGGGACAUUGGAAACAAUUUCUUUCAAGCGAUCUUUGACUCGCAACUCGAUCAUAAUCGUGUACUCUACGGGGGGCCGUGGACUAUCGAGGACCACUAUAUCGCCUCGGAACCAUGGCGGUUGGAUUUCGACCCCGAUUUUGACUCGAUUCACAGAGCUUCGAUCUGGUUAAGAAUUUCUCUUGCUUACUUUGAUGAAGAGAUUCUUACUGACAUCGGGGAUAAGCUGGGGAGAGUGGAAAAGAUUGACUUUAAUACGACAAAUGGGUCAAGAGGAAACUAUGUUCGUAUUUGUAUCGAAAUUGACCUUAGAAGAAGCUUGUAUCAAAGUAAAAGAUCAAAAGGAGG